AUGAAUCAUUCCAACACCACUAAUACCGAUAGAGAUGCCUAUUUACAAUUAGGUAAAUCAUUGAAUGAACAACAUUCAAACCAAUUAUCAACCCAAUUACAAGUAUUUCAAUCGGCAUUAAUAAAUUUUGCUAAUGAUCAUGGUGAUGAAAUAUCCCUGAAUUUAGAAUUCAAAAAUAAAUUCACUCAAAUUGUUCAACUGAUAGGUAUUGACCCUUUAGAUUUAUUAUUAUACACAUCACAAAAUGAUAGAAACGGUGGUACUAGUAAUAGUAAUAGUAGUAGUAAUAGUAGUAGUAAUUACAAAAGAAGCAAUGUUGUUGCGACAAAUUUCGGGGUUGCUUUAGCGGUGAAAAUAAUUGAAAUAUGUCAACAAACUCGUGAUUUGAAUGGUGGGUUGAUAUCACUAAAAGAAUUAAUUUCCACAUUACAGAAUUCAUGUGAAACAGAAGGAAUAUCAUUGGUAGUACUGGAAAAAGACAUUGAAAGUUCAUUAAAUAAUCUAAACACUUUAGGGAAAGGUUAUGAAAUAUUGAUUAUAAAUGGGAAGAAAUGGUUAAAAUUUUCAUCUACAGAAAACUUAUCUAAUGAUCAAUUAAAAAUUUAUGAACUUUGUGAAUUUAUGGGAGGUUAUGUCACUUAUAGAUUAUUAAGAGAUAAUUAUGGUUGGGAUAAAGUGCGAUGUAAAACUGUCAUUGAUGAAAUGAUUAUGAAUGGGUUUUUAUGGGUGGAUUCACAAGACAAUGGCGAAUGGCAAUAUUGGGAACCAUCUUGGAUAUCCAACUAA